CAUGCAUUUUUAGUGGCGAGAUGAAUCUUACAAAUACAGCCAAAAGGUUUCAGAAGAAGAAGGAAAAAGAAAAUGGAGGUGGAGAACAAGUACGUGACCAUAAAAGGCUACCUUGUUGGCCCACCAUCAGAGUCCGACUUCGAGCUCAGGAUCGCCGUCUGUGUGUUGAAGGCUGACAAAGGAUCAAAUGAUGUAAUAGUGAAGAAUCUGUGUGUGUCCGUCGAUCCUUACCAGAUCAACCGCAUGAAGAACUACAGCUCUUCUCAAACAUCGACCAACUUUGCGACUCGCCUCGUCCCUGGAGAGGUAAUAGACUCCAAUGGGAUCGGUAGAGUAGUGGCGUCGGACAAUUCGGAAUUCGCUGAAGGUGAUAUCGUUGCUGGAUUGCUGGGAUGGGAGGAAUACAGCGUCGUGAGAGGCGGAAGCUGGUUAAGGAAGAUCAAUUCCAUGGAAUUCCCAUUCUCAUACCAUUUAGGAAUUCUAGGGUCUAGUGGGCUUACAGCAUACAGUGGUUUCUACAACAUCUGUAAACCUAAAGAAGGAGAGAAAGUGUUUGUAUCUGCAGCUUCUGGUUCAGUUGGCAACAUCGUCGGACAAUUGGCAAAGCUAUCUGGUUGCCACGUAGUCGGCUGUGCCGGGAGCAAGCGGAAGGUCAAUGUCCUUAAGGAUAAGCUUGGUUUUGAUGAUGCUUUCAACUACAAGGACGAGCCUGAUCUCAAAUCAGCACUCAAACGGUAUUUUCCGGGUGGAAUAGAUAUAUAUUUCGACAAUGUCGGCGGAGAGAUGUUAGAAGCUGCUGUUGCCAAUAUGAACGCAUUUGGUAGAGUUGCCGCCUGUGGUGUAAUCUCUGAAUACAUUGAUACUGGAAGGCGGGCUGCACCUGAGAUGCUAGAUGUUGUCUACAAGCGGAUCACCAUUCAAGGAUUUCUAGUUUCUGAUCACAUGAACAUCAUGGCUGAUUUCAUUUCCACCACCUCUGAUCAUCUCCGAAGUGCCAGAAUCCAUGUGCUCGAAGACAUCUCGCCGGGUCUAGACAGUGCUCCUGCUGCAUUUGUAGGGCUCUUCCGUGGUCAUAACAUCGGAAAGAAGUUAGUUUGGAUAUCAGAUAAUUGAAAAUUGCAAUAACGAACCCAAUUUGUUCUAUCUUUCUAAUCA